AUGAGCGUAUCAAACUUCAGACUUAGCUCUUGCAAUGGCCAGGAAGUCCUUCGAACAAAAACUUACCAUAAGGUUGCCACGAAAAACCUAGGAACGGGAAAAGUGGGCAAAAGAAGCAUUUCGAAUAAAUUUAGCAGAUUGAUAGCGGAACCUGAUUUCAACCCCAACAUCCCUGAACCGGUCGCAGCAAGAAGACAUCAGUUUCUUCCAUUGGAGACAAAGAUUACAAACGUCAACGAUAAAGUAAUGGGCGAUGAAGGACCACUUCUAGUGUACUACAACUACCAUUCGGUACCGAUAUCACAGGAAAAGAUAGAAAGCUUAAUCAAACAUGUAGUAAUUAAAUUAUCCGCCGAGUUUGAUAAAUUUUACUUCUGUUGCGACGUUCGAGCGACGCCUAAGGAUAUUACGGAUUAUGCAGAACACUUCCAGCAUGGUGAGAUAGCUCAUAUGUCACUGUCGACGGAAGGAUCGAUUGAAGAGGCGUUAUGUCAACGGAUGCUCUGGCAUGCAUCCACCAUAAAUGGGGGUCCUGGAUUAAUUGCGCUUGUUUCUGAUGCUGGCAACUAUGGACCAACACUUACAGCUCUAGCACGUGGUGGUUGGCGGAUAGCAAUAUUUCACCCACCAGAAACCAGUUCAACGUUUCUUGACUAUGCUGAUGAAGCUUUCGCUUUACCCAUACAUCGUGAACAGAUUGAAGAGGGUCAACAAGUUGGAAACUUACCGUAUGUUCUAAAUUUCCAAUCUUUACCACCACCACCACAGCAAGAAGACUGCGUCACAGCUAUGGCUCAAGAUCUUCGGCAAAAUUUGACGCGGUUACUUUCGCGCCUGUCGGGCGCGAUGGCGCCAGCGCCACCGCGUGGCGGCUCCACCGAUCCCGCACAACCGACGGAAACAACGAAUACAUCGGAAAAGUUUGUCAAUUCCAACAUGAUGCAAACAACUGAGUCACUGAGAAGCAGCGAUUCAAGCCAAAACCUCUAUGCAUCUGUGGAUAGCAUUGAUGAUGGAGGAUCGCAAAACAUCUAUGCACCUCAGAUGCUUCCUGGCUUCCUUCCCCAGAACCAAUUCGUUCCCGUCUCAUACGCUCCACCACCGUACGCUCAGCUAAUGGAACCGCCACGUUUCUGCGCAAAAUGCGGUCGCGACGCCGCUGCCGAAGUUGGCGCCGAAGCACCGCGUGAACAGAAGAAUCCAUUCAGCCAAACCGAGCGUCGAAAUCCCUUUCAACAUAAUCCAUUCCAAAAAGGUCAUGACGAUAAACGACGUGCAUCAUACGGUAUGCGUAAUGAUAUGUGGAAAGAUGGUGGUGAUGGCGAGAAUGGCGGUUACGGUGGAAAAAUUCGAAAAGAUGACGAACAAGGGGAUGUGCAAGAGUGCGGUUGGAAACCAGGUCGUGGAAAUAGCCGCAAUCCUUUCUCAACAACAGCCAAUAACAGUCCAACUCAAUACAAGGGACGUGAACCCAGGGAUUCAGAGCAACGUGAAAAAUUCCGAAAACCAGCACCACAAUGUCCACAAUGGGAAGAUCGUCAUCAUCGUAUCAAUAACAACUGUCCAUUGUGGCAUCCAUACAAGAUGUGCUUGUUCUAUCCAAAUUGCCGUUCAACUGCGCUCGAUUGUGGUUAUGCGCAUCCGUUUUGUAGUGAAGAUGAGUGCGAAUGCGCUGAAGAUGCAAAAGAUCCGCAGUUGAAUCACUGGAUUGGACCGGCAAGAACCUACGUUGACUAAACAUCCGGCGAACCCUGGGAGCAUGGUGUCAUCAAACCUAUACCAAUAAAAUACUGAAAACCUCGAAAAACACCAUUGUUUUCCACCAAAUGGGUCUUAAUUUAUCUAGAGUAGUUAAAUUUUUGUUGUAAAAAAUUUACAAAGUUUAUUUAUGCCGGCCGUUCGCCUUCGCCAAAUGUGUGUAUGUAGAUUUUUAAAAAGAAUAUUAUUAAUAAUUUUCUCUUCAAGAUUAAUUUUGUAAUUUUCCCUCCCUGUUGGGGGUCGGUCAGUACCGGGUUUUUUGUAACCCGGGACGGACAGACACGCCCCAUUUGCUGCGUCAGCAAAACUGUGAUAGGUGUACAGUUCCACGUUAGGAGAAAAUUACUGUUUAUCGAUCGAUUAAGAGAGUGACAUGUUUGGAUCGAUACGUUAAAUUUUGUUUUUGUAGAAAUUUGAAUUAAUAUCUUUAUCGAUCCAAGCAUGUGCACAUAUUUAACGUGUUGUGUGUUUUAAAUGUCGAUCUAUUGAUUUAUUGAUUAAGUAAUGCCUUUUCUGAGCGCCUCACCAAAUGUGCCUUGCGU